GUGGCCCUCACAGUGUCAUUUAUCUCUGGAGGGGUGGAGCCUGUUAGCAGAAAAGGGGUAUUAAACUCGCUGCUUCUUUCAGAGAACAGAUCCAAACAGAUCUGCUUUUUGUUUUGUUGCAUUUUCAUCAUCUGUAUUUCCAAAGAUGACUUGGAUCAUGAAGAGUUUUUUCAUCACUCUGGCCGUCUUGUUUCUUUGAAGUGAGGAGGUUGGCAGUGGCACUAUGAGUAGUACCAAAUAUAACAUCUACCCUUUUCAGGUGUUCAGAGGCCCUAAAAUUGAUGCAAUCUACACUUCUGGGCCRUGUAGAGCCUUCAUGAACAAUGCCAUUGGACAAGAUUAUCUUCUUACAGGCCAAGUGGACUCUAAUGGGGUGGCACACAACUUUAUGUGUAACUUCAAAAAGCCAUGGAACGACUUGAGUGACAACGAGCUGAACCUAAUAGGAGAGCUGACGUCAAGAUGCAGUGCCAGGAGAGAGCGAAGUUUGGGUGGAGGAGGAAAAAGAAAAAAGCCGAAGAGAUGCCAUCUGAAGUUCUGUCCUCCUCAUCGUCAUCCUCAUUAUGUCUGACGUAAUUGUGAACCAAUUGCUGUUAUCCGUCUUGAAAUAGGAUUUAAAUUCGUACAAUACAGACUCUCUACAAUACUUUCCUCCAUAGAUAUUUCACUUCAUGCCCUCCGGUGGAGAUCGCGCCGCCUUCGAAACCACGUGACUGAAACCCAGCUAUUCAGAACCUUGACAGCAACUGUGGCUGAAAAUUAAGAUCCAUCUCUUUACUGAAAUGAUCUACAAAUAUAAAAACUGUUUUAUAGUUUGAUCGUGUUGUAUCAAUGCGAGGCGUGUAACCAGAUGGUAGGGGUGGGAAUCAUUUACUUUCUCACGAUUCAAUUCGAUUCUGAUUUUUGGGGCCACGAUUCGAUUCCAAAUCUAUUUUUCAUUCAAAACUGAUAAUGUGAGCCCAUUUGUUGUGUUCGCAAAGCGCUUCGUCUUCAUUUUGCAACCCUUGCACACCUCGCUCAGGUCAAACUCAGACGCAUUC